CUGUGAUACAGAGCCAUUGUGUGUUUUCCAGACAGGAAGCAAUGACCAAACAGAUGGCACAGGGAUGAGCCUGGGCAAGAAGAAGGGAGUGAGGGUGACUGGAAAAUAUGAACCUGCGGUGGACUGGAGCGGUACAGGAGAAGGUCCAUCCAUAGUCCACUCUCCCACCAGCCCCCAAAUACCUACAGAUGCCCCCACAGUUAUUUCCAUCAGCCCUCUGUCUCCCAGGCCAUCAGAGAAAUUAGAUGAUCCCAAAAUGGAUGAAGACUCUCAGGCCAGAGUGUCCUUUAGUGAGAUGGGUGUCCCCCGGCAAACGAUGGAGGAGCUGAAGACCAUCCUGAGGGAGAGUCCUCUGCUCAGCACGAGAGGAAAAGAUGAUGGAAAACCAGGAGUUCCCUUCACAUACCUUCACGGAAGCAGCAGCAGUGGUGGAGGAGGACUUGGAGGACAGCAGGACGAUGGAAACCCUCACAGGACAUUCAGCACCUUCAGACCUCAAGCUGAUGCUUCCAGAAGGGGGGCCAGGUCCAGAUCCAGCACAUCUAUUCAGUUGCCUUCCACUAUGGAUUCAUCCAGCUCAUUCCAGUCCACUGCCAACACAAAUAGGCAGCCUGGUGUGAGGACAUAUGCACAUACAAGCAGCGGCUCCUGGGGAGGGACCGGAGACUCUCAUUCAGAUAACGGAAACGAGACCAUUGAGCUUUCUGGGAACCAGAGGUUUAUCGCAGCCAUGGAGCAGAUCAAGCAGCAGAUUGCCCGAGAAAACAUCAACUUCGUCCGCUUUGAGGCCACCGAUCUCCACGGGGUGUCAAGGUCCAAGACAGUGCCUGUCCGCUUCUUCCAUGAGAAGGCAGUGUAUGGGGUACCCAUGCCAAGAAGCUACUUGGAGCUGACCCUGAGCCCAAAGAGCAACGAGGUGGACCAUGCCAACACGGCUAACUUCAGCAGUGAUAUUCUUCUGAUCCCUGACCUUUCAACCUUCAGGGUCCUACCCUGGGCUGAGCAGACAGCUCGGGUCAUCUGCGACCCCUGCACCGUAACAGGAAGCCCCCUUCGCACUUCCCCUCGCCUCAUUGCCAAACAGCUCCUUGGCCAGCUCCAAAGCCUGGGAUUCUCCCUGCACUCGUCCUUCACCUAUGAAUGCUGCGUCCUGGGAGCGCCCGAGCGGAUUGGACCAAAGACGCUUCUGUUUCCUGCCACCACCCUUCUCAGCAACCAUGACCUGCCUAUCUUCCAGCAGCUGGUGGACAGCAUGUACUGCAUGGGUGCAGACAUAGACAGCAUCGCGUCUGCAACGGGCCCCGGCCAGAUAGAGAUCAACUUGAGGCCGGAGUUUGGGAUUUCUGCUGCUGAUAGUGCUUUCACCUUCCGCACUGGCAUCAAAGAAAUGGCUCGCAAACACAGCUAUAUUGCCAGCUUUUUCACUGAUGACGGUCUGUACAACGCUGGUGUGCUCUCUCACAGUCUUUGGGACGCCAACGGGCGCCGUAGCCUCUUCCACUGUGGCGAGAAGGCAGGCGACCUUUCUGAGAUUGGUAGGAAAUGGCUGGCUGGGCUCCUCACCCACUCUGCUGCCCUAAGCUGCUUGAUGUCGCCCGGCCUCGGCUGCCGGAGCCACAUCGCCAAGACCAUCAAAGACCCCAAACGGAUGCUGUACGCCACCUGCGGCAGCAACGACAACAGCAGCUCUUUUAACAUCAAGUGUCAUGGCGGGAGGGAGAUGCACAUUGACAACAAGCUGGGCUCGGCCAUGGCCAACCCCUACAUCGUACUGGCUGCUACCGUGGCUGCAGGGCUUGAUGGCAUCAGGAGAAACCUGAACAUCGAGAGCAGUCUGAACAAGGCGCCCAUCCAGCAGAAGGAGUUUGCCAUCCCCGUGAAGCUUGAUGACGCUCUGGAGACGCUGGCGGAGGACCACGUCAUCCGCAGCGCCCUCGGAGAGCCGUUUGUUCAGUAUUUCAUCGCCAUGAAAAAGUUUGAGAUUGAAACCCAGGAACUGGAUGAUGAGAGGAACAAAUGCCUGGAGUAUUUCAUUUAAACAUCCUCCUUGUUUCAUGAUGGAUGAAGCUCACCUCCACCUGCCACACAAACUGGAGGAAGAGAAACAGCUGCAAGGAAAUACGUUUUUAUUUUAUAUAUAAAAUGAAUAGGUUACAUUAUUAUUAUUAUUAAUAAUAAUAA